GUAUCCUCAGAAAGCGCUCGCAACUCCUCGAAAAAAGGUGUGACUCCCAAUUGUACGUGCAACGUGUCUCCAAACCCAAAGCCCUCUUAUAAAAGCAGUCUCUUUCACCAGAUUCGAGUUUUCAGAUUCUAUAAGUUAAGUGAGCAGGGUCACGGCACGGCACCUCCGCUCCGAGGCUCCUCCGCAUUGGUUUCUUAGUCCGUGCGCAAUUAGCAGCUCUGUUCCGAACACCUUGCAUCACUUCAACGUUCCCCAAGAACUCUGGUUCCGGUUCGUUUCCUUCCUUCUCCACACACACGCACUCAGCACGACACCGGGAUUUCCAUACCGCGCCCUCGCCAGCCACCGAGUGAACCCAAUUCGCUUGUUCUCUCGGACGAUCACGCAGCGCAUACCCGCAUUCAUUCCAUCUAUCUAGCCUCCCUCCUAGAGCCAACACACACCCACCCCUACAAUGGCACAAACACCCCAACAGCGCGCCGCCAACGCGAAAUUCGCCCGCCGCGAAGAAGCCAAGAUGGGAAAGCCCGUGAGCACCACGAAGCGCGCUACAGACCAGAAAGCGCCGAUUAGUAAAGGUUGGAUAGUGGUCCUCGCAUUUGUACUUUGUGGUGGCUUGAUCUUCGAGCUUCUGCGGCUGUUCUUCUAGACAUUCUAAGACAUUCUAGAGACAUCCAUGUCUACACUCGACACUCGAUAGCUCUCGGGCCGUUCCGACAUCAAUCCUACUUCUCGCGUGCGACUCGGCAAAUUGGACAUGGGAUUGUUCGGACUGGCAUGGGAUGCGAUGGAUAGACAAGAAAUGAGAUGAGGAGAUGUGUGAGAUACUUUGCGGUCCUGGCGAUGGAGCAUGUAUGGGUCGAUAUAUAGUAGAAGGCCAGGGAGAUAUUUUGUAUGUUUAGUAUCACAUCAUAUCUGCAUGUGCUAGGAAAAGGACCGGCGUUCAUGGCGGGUGGGUUUCAUGGGAUACCAGACACACUCAAUGUAAAGCUGCUUUUCUUCA